GCCCGCCCCCUGUCCUCUCUGCCCGGCAGCCUCCGCCUCUCCUCCCCGCUCCGUCUUCCACUCCGCUGUUGUUGCAGCCAUUUUACUGUGGACCGUCGGCGCAGCGGCGGGCGGAGGAUGCCGACACAGCCCCGGUAAAAGGACUAUAAACAUGGCUGACGCGGGAAAAGGUCCCGUGGUUGGCCGGCCAUCAGCAUUUGCGAAUGAAGAGCGGAGGGCUGUUCAUUCCUGGUCCCGGAUCUCGUCAGCGGGGCACAACGUCCUUCUGGAUGCUCUAAAGAUCCUCAGUCCAAUGUCUCAUGACUUCUCGUGCACGGAGGAGUUAGUCAACUUCCUUCACGAGCUGAGUGAGGAGGGCCACAAGCCCCUUGUGCUGAGCAGCAAGGACGUCUACAGAUAUCGCUCCUGCACAAACCAACUCUUAACUGUAGAUAUGCUGAAGCCACCCAACAAGAACGUUAGACCGACAGCCAAGAGAAGGGGAAGGAGGCCUAUGACCAAAAAGAGAGAGGUACACCCAUCCUGGAACACUUCUGAGAAGAGACCCAUAAUUCAAGGGGUCCGCCCACCAGAGCUACUUGUGGACCAUCCCACCAUUGUCGGCAGUAGGACCCCCAUUCGGACUGCAGAGAUGUCACGGACACUGCAGGUGCAGCCAUGUCUCAGAUUGACCAACAUUGAAGGCCUGUCGGGAUUCCACACGGCCAGACUCCAGAUCCACACUACCUGGGACUCGUCCUCUGAGGCACCCUCUGUUGCCUUUUCACAGCAACAGCACCCUCCAACCCUUUCAGGAAUACCUUUGCAGCCUUCUCAGAAUGGUGGUGGGGCGCCCACCAAAGCUGUGGCCUUGUUUAGUCAGAAGAGCCUGUCCUGCCCUAUCCGACUUGAUGGUGCCCUCAUUGGAGAUUCAGCACCAGUCUUCUACGCUAAUGGUAUGGCGUUUCCACAGACUCACACAGAGCUGACCAGCAAUGGCUUCCACAGGGGUAGUCAGGGCUCCAACGAACUAAACAGCCCGGCCCGGCAGAGAAAUGGCUGGAAGGACAAGAACAGUUUCAGAUGGAAAGUGAUAAAGGUGGACGACUCUCGGUCGGUAGCCGAGGCUCGCAGAAAAGCGCAGAAGAUCCUACAGGUCAAUCUUUCGCCAGUGAUUCAGAUCCAACCUCUCAAUCACGUCUUGAGAGACUUUAGAUACCAGAAUAACUGACAGUUCUCCCCAAACCCUCACACAUUGUGUCCUAGCAGAUGUUAGUGUUUUACGUCCAUUAGCCUCUACCUGGCUGAGCCCCAGUGUUCAUAGCAGACAUCAUACAUGGGUUUUUGUGAUAUCUGCUGAAUGUUGGAGGUAAAGAAAUUACUCUUAUUGUGGAAGUUCUUGUUCCUGACAGGUGCACCUGGGAAAGAAAGGUGUUUGAAUUUGGAUGAGGCUUUUUCUGGGAAAUGUCGAUUGGAAGAAUGCCGGUACAUUGUCACUGUCAACAUAAUAUGCUGAGUUGACAAUUAUAAUGUACCAUAUACACAAAGCUAAAGCUAACCAUCAUUCUGCCCAGGUGAACUGGCAACUAGCUAAUGUUUGUGGUGACUUUAUGGGCACAGCAUUUAGGUCAAAGGUGAAUUUUCUGUCCUUAAACAAGGCACUUGGUGUGACGAGUGCUCAAAGAGCAUUUAUGCAGUUACAAGCUAGUUGAAGAACAGCACCAUUGUUCCAAAGUGUUUUUACAUGCAUUGCUUGUAAACAGUGCUCUCACUCUGUGGGGCCCAACUAUCCAUAGCAAAGAAAGAAUUAAUGGCAGAAUAGGACGAUCCCACUUCACACCCAGAUAACUGGUGAAUGAACAAGGCAGGUAUGCAAACUCUUCAGAUGAGCAGAUGUGAUUGUUGGUUGGUUCUGGGAAAACAAUUAAACUUAAUUAAAAGGUGGGGGGAGUUUAGUUUGUCUUCCUUUUUUGUAUUUUUGUUGUUUCCACUGGAAAUGAAGAAGGCUCUUGGAGUGAGUAGAGCAGGGAAUCUAACCCAUGGCACACAGAUAGAUACCUCGACGAACCGCAGUUCUUCAGAAAGUGUUACAUUGGUUUAUCUUAUUCACACAUUGAGAAAAAAAUACAGAUUACAGAGUAAUUUUGACUUUUGGGAAUAUUUUAUGCCAGGUUCUUUUUAAAAUACUUUAGAGAUAAAUUGUGAGAAGAGACAGAGAAUUCGGAAAUGAAAAAAACCUUGCUUCAUUCUGUUUUCUCAAUAUUAAUCUUCAUCUGAGAAUAUCUUGAUUGUGAUAUCUGAGUUUCUUCUCCACAUUGUUGCUUUACCGUCAAAAGUAUAAAAUGGAAUAACAUUAAAUAUUGAAAAUGUGCACUCGAGCUGCUGCCGUCUUUGCACUUAACAGGCAACUAACGUCAGUCGGACUCUUGAUGAUUCGAGACAUUUGGCUGAUAUAUUUGUGGUUACAUUUUGUUAACUUGAGCAUCAGGCCUGUUUAUUUCCUCUCAACUUAACUUUGAAGCUGCAGCAUAUUGAUGUUUUAUCUUCCAUCAGAGAUGCUGCAGAGAAUUGCCCAACAAAGGCUAGGCUGUGGUUUCUUGAAUUCUUCUGCCGUAAUACGACUGUUGUGACUCUUCUUAAGAUUAAAAAAAGCACUUUGAGUGUGGCAGUGAUUUCAUCGUCACUUGUUCCAGAUCCUGAAAGUAUUUUCGUUUGCUGCAGCUUGUUGAAAAUAUUCCCUCAAAUUAAGUUUCACUUUCAGUUAACCUACACUGGUUUUUGCUACUGGUGCUAACUUUGCCAUGUAGGUGCUGAAUGAAGUGACUGGCACUAAUGUCCUGUUUCACCUCUACUGGUUCAGAUUGGAGUGUUAAAGAGGAAUGACUUCCUGUGAAUUAUUCUUUGAGGGACCGAUGUGAUCUUUGAGUGCUGCUGCCCCCUGCAGGUUGUGAUGAGAAUGCCAAACCGCCUUGUGUGCUUUCCGAAGGGUUCCUACUGUGAGGAACAGCCAGAUCUCUUGAUGUCCAAAUAUAACGACUAAACCAACAUUAGGUCAGUGAAUCUUGGAAGGUCUUGCAUUUCAAAAAUCAUGAAAUUGAUGCCAUAGAAAAUAAAAUUGGAUUUCCAAACAUUGAUGUAAAUACGGGUUACAAAUAAUUAAUUUGAUUCGCUGAGGAAACCUGCUUUCAGUUUUGAAAACACUGUUCUUUAAUAAGAAAACUGUUUCUCUGUUGAACCUGACACCACAUCAGUGUUUGGUGCUCACUUUGGAUUUUUGUAUGUCCGAUGAAUUUUAGGUUCUGGAGGAGGCUCGUUGUCUCCUUGUAUCCUUCUGUCUUUAGCCAUGUUCAUGCCCCCCAACAACUCCCUUUUGUAGAUCUUCUUUCUGUUAGUCUUGUUUGUGCAACACUUGUAUGAUAUUGUAUUUCCUACAUGAUCUUUGAAAACCUUUUGUUAAAUAAAAAAUAUUUAAAAAUAAA